GCGGAAGUUCGUACGCAGAAAGGGCGGGUGCGCGUUACGGACAUGCGCCGUGCAGGGCAAGACGGCGGCUCGGCUGGGUCAUCCCAGCGCAGGCGCAGUGCGGUGUUUGUCUGCCGGACUUGACGGGUGGCCGGGCGGUGUGCGGCGGCGGCGGGGAAGAUGGCGGCGUCCUCCCUGGAGCAGAAGCUGUCCCGCCUGGAAGCAAAGCUGAAGCAGGAGAACCGCGAGGCCCGGCGGAGGAUCGACCUCAACCUGGAUAUCAGCCCGCAGCGGCCAAGGCCCAUUAUUGUGAUCACUCUAAGCCCUGCUCCUGCCCCGUCCCAACGAGCAGCCCUGCAGCUCCCGCUGGCCAAUGAUGGGGGCAGCCGCUCACCAUCCUCAGAGAGCUCCCCGCAGCACCCCACGCCCCCCGUCCGGCCCCGCCACAUGCUGGGGCUUCCGUCCGCCUUGUACACGCCCCGCAGCAUGGAGAGCAUUGAGAUUGACCAGAAGCUGCAGGAGAUUAUGAAGCAGACUGGCUACCUGACCAUUGGGGGCCAGCGCUACCAGGCGGAAAUCAAUGACCUGGAAAACCUGGGCGAGAUGGGCAGCGGCACGUGCGGCCAGGUGUGGAAGAUGCGCUUCCGGAAGACAGGGCACAUCAUUGCAGUCAAGCAAAUGCGGCGCUCGGGGAACAAGGAGGAGAACAAGCGGAUCCUCAUGGACCUGGACGUGGUGCUCAAGAGCCAUGACUGCCCCUACAUAGUGCAGUGCUUUGGGACCUUCAUCACCAACACGGAUGUCUUCAUCGCCAUGGAGCUGAUGGGCACGUGCGCUGAGAAGCUCAAGAAGCGGAUGCAGGGCCCCAUCCCAGAGCGCAUCCUGGGCAAGAUGACGGUGGCGAUCGUGAAGGCACUCUUCUACCUGAAGGAGAAGCACGGGGUCAUCCACCGAGAUGUCAAGCCCUCCAAUAUCCUGCUGGACGAGCGGGGCCAGAUCAAGCUCUGCGACUUCGGCAUCAGUGGCCGCCUCGUCGACUCCAAGGCCAAGACGCGCAGCGCUGGCUGCGCUGCCUACAUGGCGCCCGAGCGCAUUGACCCCCCGGAUCCCACUAAGCCAGACUACGACAUCCGGGCCGAUGUGUGGAGUCUGGGCAUCUCACUGGUGGAGCUUGCCACAGGGCAGUUUCCUUACAAGAACUGCAAGACAGACUUUGAGGUCCUCACCAAAGUCCUCCAGGAAGAGCCCCCCCUCCUGCCUGGUCACAUGGGCUUCUCGGGGGACUUUCAGUCCUUCGUCAAAGACUGCCUUACUAAAGAUCACAGGAAGAGACCAAAGUAUAAUAAGCUACUUGAACACAGCUUUAUCAAGCACUAUGAGACCCUGGAGGUGGACGUGGCUUCCUGGUUCAAGGACGUCAUGGCAAAGACCGAGUCACCGCGGACUAGCGGAGUCCUGAGCCAGCACCACCUGCCCUUCUUCAGGUAGCCGCGUGGCAGCGGCCAGCCCCACAGCGGGCCGGGGACAUGGCCACAGGCCCCCCUUCCCCACUUGGCCACCCAGCUGCCCGCCAGGGGAGACCUGGGACCUGGAGGCCGCCGAGGGCUGAGGACAGAAAGUAGGGGGCGCCGACCUACCCCUGACUCCCUGCCCAGCAGCUGUGGACAGAUGGGCCCCCCCGGCCCCAGCCCCUCUGGCCCCCGGGGCCAGCCGGCCGAGCGUCCCCUGACAGACACUGUGAACGGAAGACAGCAGGCCACGCUCAGACUUGCUAUUUAUUCAGUUGUAACCUCUGGGCUGAGGCAGCCCCAGAGCCUGGGAGAGAGCUGCGUCCCGCACCCCCUGCUGCCCCCUCGCCUCUGUCCCGUGCACAUUCUCCACGUUGCUAUCUCCCUCUGUCUGUCAUUUUCCUCUCUCUCAGUCCCCAUGUGGCUUUUUCCUUGUCUCCCUCUUGGUCUCUGCCCCGCUCCUGGCCUCGGCCUGGGUUCAGCCAGCCCCCGGCAGGGCAGAGGAGGCAGGGGAAGCCCUGUCUGACCCCAGGGCCGCCGAGGUCUCUGUUGUCGCCAGUGGCCAGCAGCCUUGCCCCAGCAAGGUGGCCUGGGCAUUGGGACUGCCACUGGGCUGGGACUGGGUCUCUCUUUCUUUGAUCUCAGGGGGUCCUUUUUGGAGUUUAUUGUAUUUUAUUGUACUUGGUGGGGUGUUUGGGGGGCAGGAGGGGAGGAGGAGAGCUAGUGCUCAUGGAGUUUGUCGGUACCUUCAGAAACUUUACCAAAGUCAUGUUGAGCUGCUUGUGUGUGGCCCCCAUCCAUGUGGGCACAGUGGGUCUGGGGGCCUGGGCCACUGCCCCUGUCGGCCCUGUCUCAGAGGUGAGGUCAGGGUGCUCCUCCUCCUUAGGGGCCGGCCCUCGGGUUGGGCUGGAGUCUGGCCACAGCUUGGGGUGAAUUGAAGACCUCAGGGUGGGGCAGAGGGUGUCUGGGGGGCCGCGGCCACACAGGACGGUCUCGGGGAAGGUGGACAUGGGCGAGGAGAGCAGUGAGCUGGUGUAGCCAGUAGGUGGGGGGAGGGAGGUGGUGGCAGAAGUGGGGCCCAGGGAGGGGCUGGGCGAGAGUCAGGGUGGAGGGCGCAGAGAGUGGACACAGGGGUUCGAGGAUGUGUGAGAGGGACAGAGGUGGGAGGGCUGGAGCGAGCAGAGGCCAGGCCGCGGGGUGGGGACGGUGGAGGCGGUUAUGCCCCCAGAGUGCCCCUGAGCGUCCCUCAACUCACCCGGAGCUGGCCAGCCCCUGACCCACCCUGGGGCCUAGGGCAGGAGGGCACAGGUGUUGGGGCCCAGGUCGAGGUCCCACAGCAUCCCCAGUGCUCACUUCAGCUGCCAGAGCCGGGGGGGGGGGGGGGCCCUUUUUGUUGGUGAUGCAUGCAAAUCAAGUGGACAACAAAGCAAAAUAAUGAAAAAAAAAAAAAAAGAGAAAAGCCCACAAACAAAAUCCAGCCAACACCAAAGGUGAGGAGCUGUGCUGUAGCUGAAGCAGUAUAGGCUUAGGUGUUACUGUAUCCUCGCAUCCUUACUCCUGUUCCCACAGUGCCGCAUGGUUAACAAGUAAUACAAGUCACCUUUUCUCUGCCCUUGGGGGGAAGGCACCUUUUGGGGGCGGACUGCCCCAGGUCACCUUUGUGAGGGGAUGGGGCCCCCAAGCCUGGCCCCUGCCCUCCUCUGCUGGGCCCACCCACAGGGGCCUUUGCAGGGUGCCGGCCAGCCACUGGCUGGUGCCGGGGUCAGUACAGGCCCAAGGCCGAGCUGCCUAGUUUUAUUUUUAUUUAACUUUAUUUUCUGUUUUGUGAGUGUGUGUCCUCCACGCCCCACCCCCCCUUCAGUGUUAAGCAGGAGCCCUGGGGGAGCCUCCUGCUCCUACCUCCCUGCCUCUCCCUGUCCUCCCCUGCAUCACCAGCCGUCCCUCCUGACCGGGCAGAGGAUGGGCCGGGCGGGUAGGGGCCUGGGGGGGCCCAGCCCAGCCCAGCGGCCCCCACCCCCUUCUCAGGCCACCAGUAUUGCCCUGGCCCUUUUUAAAACAAAAUGCCCUUGUUUGUAAACCUUUAGACGCUUGAGAAUAA